UUUCGAGGGGUAACACAUGGUAGUGGACAUUCAUUAACAAACUUGUGGCCCUCACUUAGAUAAAUCUAAAAAUACAAUAUUUUAUAAAAUAGAUAAUAACUCUAAAAACUAAAUAACUCUAACACACAUAAAUACGCAUCAGAAACAAUAAAUAAAAUAAAACGAAUUACUUAAAAUGCUAAGAUAGACUAAAUAGUAAAACUGAUUAUGACAAAUUAAAAUGGCGCAAUAACCUCUGGUUGUCCGAAAACGUUUCCUCAUGGCUUGUUUAAUUAAUGUAAUACGGAUAUUUCCAUAAUAAGACACUCCGCACGUUCUCUUUUGUGUCCGUAUUACAGAAGUUCGAUUGUGUUUACAUUCACGUUUAGUGAGAUGAGGUAUCUAUUAAGAUUUCGAACCAUUGUUUUGCCUUGGUAAUGGCAAUUAAGAGGCUGUCUGCGUAAGAACGGAUUACACAAAUUUCGGACCUUCACCGAUUGGUCUCAUUUUUUCAGUGAAAGUCAACCAUUAUAUCUAAUGUACAAAUAUCACGUUUAUUUGGAUAUAUUCAAUAUUUUUGCGAGAGGGUGAUCAAGGUGACCUCAAAACGGGUUGAUUUGCUCCUAAAUUUAGCUCUAAAUGUCAGACGCUGCUAAAACUCAGGUUUUUUCAUUCCAACAAGCUGACCUGUAGUGGCGGCAAUCUAACUGGUACUGGUGGUUAUUUUAUUUUCAAGCAUUUACGGCCAAUAUAUAUUGGUUGUAGGUGCGACCGCCGUUACCUUUAUUUACCAAAAUGGCGAAUACUUAGCAAAUUCGUGGAAAUCUGUACGGCGCGCAGUGGUGAGUGGCCACAAAUUUUAUUCUAUAAGUUUUACAUUGCUAUUAUUACUUGGGAAUUAUCACAGACUCGAUCCUAGAUUAGGUCCCAUGCACAUUUGAGGAAAAUAGCCUUUAACUAAAGCUGUCACGCUUCGCACAUCCCGGAGUUUGGCAAGAGGUAUUUUAAAAAAUUCCUAACCGUCCGUCAAACUUGAACAGAGCAUAAUUGUGAAGCCCUUCAAAUAUCUAAGAAAAGUGACAAUUUUGCAUGUGAAACAUUCAGCUUGUUCAACUUUGUCUUAAUUGGCAGCGUCUGACAUUGCCAAAUUAGCCUAUUUUGAGGUCGCCUUGAAAACCUCGCAGAAAACGAGGUUGAUCCUGUUAAAACCUCAUGAACUAAAGAAAAUUCAGUGGCAUACAGGUUUGGGUGUUACGGAAAUUCUCGAGAAGAGAAGGUUUUAGACAAAAGAACCAAUCUGGCUCGUCUUAAUUCAAAUAAGUAAAGCGAACAAGUGAAGCUAAAACAAUCACUUUCGUGUUACCGCAUCGUGGGAAUAAAAGAAGGUCACAAACUUACUUUUACAGAGAAGCUGAGAGAUGUUUUCCCCUCAGCUACGAUAAAGAUGACGUCGAUUGCUUUAUUUCUUUUGAUGGCAACAAUAUCUACAGCUUCUUUGGAUUGCCCUACUGAAUGGGAUGAGUUUGACGAUUCCUGCUACAAAGUGAUGACCAGCUUCGUACAUUCACAGAGGCUUAACUGGGACCAUGCUCGUGCAGUGUGUUUAGGAUAUGGAGGAGACCUUGUCAGUAUAGAGAAUAAAAGGGAAGAAGAAUUCAUAAAGUCUCUCUCCUCUGAUUUUAAGAAUGACUUGUUGUGGAUUGGUUUGAAUGACCGAGUUAACGAAGGUCAGUUCGUCUGGAGCGAUGGGACAUAUUUUAACAGUUCUGUUUACAGUAAGUGGAAGAAUGGCGAACCGAGUCACACUGGAAAUCAAGACUGUGUUGGACUUCGAAAUAAUUUAUGGAACGACCAACCUUGCUCCUGGGUUCGUUUCUAUAUCUGCGAGAGACCUAAAGGUAAACCUGCCUGUCCUGAUGGAUGGUUUCUGAAUGGCUUUUCAUGCUACAAAGCAAUUGAACAGGCAAAAUCAUGGAGUAAUGCAAAACAGGAUUGCCAUGCAUCUGGAGGCUAUCUGAUGAAGAUAGAUGACGCAUCGGAGCAAGACUUUCUAGAAGUCUACUUGAUUAUAACCGGUAUUAACCAAGCAGCCAAAUACGUGUGGACAGGACUGAAUGACAUCGAACAUGAAGGAAUCUUUACAUGGGAAGUGGAUGACAGUAACUUCGAAUUCUCCAAGUGGGGAUCGGAACAGCCUGACAACUACCAUAACCAGGACUGUGUGAGAGUGGGGGCUAUUCAAAUGUUUGGUUUGUGGGAUGACUUUCAGUGUGAUAAGUCACAUCUCUAUAUGUGUGAAAAACCAGCCAAUGGCCUCUCCUGUUAUCGAUGUUCAAGCAAUAUGUCAUUUGCCGACUGUACAACGAAGCAAGAGAUAGUCAAUUGCACAUUUCCCCGGAAUUACUGUUUCAAACAAAAGAAUUCAACAGGAGACAAGAACGAUCAAGAAUCCGCUUUCUACAAAGGAUGCACUUCAGCAGAUCAAUGCAGACAAAAGGAGAAGAGUUCUAUGGAAUGUUGUGUGGAUACACUUUGCAAUACGGACAUCUCCUGUUAUCAGUGUUCGAGCAACAUAUCAUUUGCAGACUGUGCUAAGAACCAAACAAGAGUGAACUGCACAUUACCAAAGAACCGCUGUGUUAAAGCAACAUACACUUCAAAGGACGACAAUGGAACUGUAACAUACCAUAAAGGAUGCACCACAACUGACCAGUGCUCAGAAACAGCCAAGAAAUCAUUUGUGGAAUGUUGCAGCCAUGACAUGUGUAACAAAGGCAAUUUUGCUGACGUAUUUUUUUUUUCUCUGCUACUUAGGCAGCUUUAAGUGCAUAAUACGAGUAGUUUUGUUAAGGCGGGGGGAACACAUAAAAACACACCAUUUUUUCAAACUUUUCUCAUGGCUAAGAUUUCAUUCUAAAUCAUGGCAAAGUAUACAUUUUUAAAAAGUUAAAGACCAAAACUUGUGAAAAACAUUUUUUUGUGCCCUAGAACAAUGGGAGGCGCGGCGGCCUCAUGGUUAAUGCGCUCGAUGCCGGAGCGAACCGUCCGGGUUCGAUCCCUGGCCGGGGACAUUGUGUUGUGUUCUUGGGCAAGACACUUUGCUCUCACAGUGCCUCUCUACA